CUGCCCUCGGGCGAAGGCGCUCGGGAGCCGGCCCGAGGCUGGCUUUUGGGGAACGUGGGAUGGUCUGGCGCCCGCCAGGUUGGGUCCUAGUGGCUGAAGUUUUGAUCAAUAUCUUGGAUUUUUUUAUUCCAGAUUUGUUAUUCUACAGUGAAGUCAUCAUGAACUUUUUCCAACUCCUGAGGAAAAAGAAGGAACUUAUCCCUUUGGUGGCGUUCAUGAGCGUGGCAGCGACCGGAGCGGUGUCUUUUGCUUUGUAUUCCCUUAAAAAAACCGACGUGAUCAUUGAUCGGAAAAGAAAUCCAGAACCUUGGGAAACUGUGGAUCCUAGUGUACCUGGAAAGCUUAUAACAAUCAACCAAGAAUGGAAGCCCAUUGAAGAGUUGCAGAAUGUCCGAAGGGCGACCAAAUGACCAGCCCUCGCCCCUUUCUUCCCAAGAGUACUCUAUGAAUCUAGUGGAAACACUUCUGCACAAACUAGAUUAUGGAUACCAGUGUGCGGAAAUGCUUCUGCUACAUUUUUAGGGCUUGCCUACAUUUUCGGACUCAGGAUAAGGAAUUGUAAAGACAGUGCAGCAAUAACCACAUUGUCCAAAAAUAAGUUUCUGUGUUUAUUUUCUUGUUGUAAAUUUGAAUUUUGCAUAUUGGAAUUUUUAUGUUUAUGAUGCCUGAAUGUUUUCCUUGAAAUGUAUAAUGAUUUGUAAAUUACAUUAUCUGUAAUAAAAUACCAUUUGUGCAAGAUUUCUUAAAGAUUAGAUACAUAUUUAAAUGGAGGAGAAAGUCUUUUUUUAUGGGGGAAAAAACACAUUUUGAAGCCUGGAGCUUCAUCUUUUAAAUAUCCGGUACAAAUUUCUGUAUAAACUUUUCUUCCAAGUUUAUUCAUUCACCAGAAAUUUAUUGGGCACUUACUGUUAGCUAGGCACUGUUCUUGUGCAGGUGAGAUAAAGCAAUGGAUAAAACCAAAUUCUGGAGGGAGAAAUAAAAUAUGGUAAGCACAAUGAGGAAAAUGAAGACGAGAUGGGGUAGGAGAUUCCAUGAGGAUUGGUCUUGGAGGAAGUGCUGGGAUUCUGGUGGUGAAUAGGAAUGUGGGCCAUGCUGAGACUGGCCCUAAAGAUGCCAAGGCUGACAAUGGUGCUCCUGUGAGGGUUGGGGAGGGGAGGAUGGAGAGCACCCUACCGAGUCUGGGGUCCCUCGUCACUCUGACUGGUGGUGACUUAGAGACUGAAGGUGCAAUCAAACCCAGCAUGCCCCUGGGCUCUCCCUUGAUUGUUCUUGAAAAUGGGACCAAGUAGAAAAUUGCUUUUCAUUAACUUU